AUGGUUAAAAAGAAAAAAAUCAUUACAACUCGUAAAUCUGUUGUAUCACGUCGAGGGCGCGGGCGGAAUGUUAAUAACCUCCAUACUAUUCCUCCUUCCACUAUUGCCUCACUCACUUUUCCCAUUGGCUUAUGGAACUUCCAAUCUGCUGUCAACAAAGCAGAUUUCAUUCCUGCCAUUGCUUCACAAUCUGCCCUUUCAGUUUUAGCACUUACUGAGAUAUGGAUUAAACCAAAGGACACUGCCACUCCGGCUGCCCUCUCCAACAACUACACUUUCUCCCACAGUCCUCGCACAACAGGAAGGGGCCUGCUCAUUCCAAAGGACUGGAAAUUACAACAGCAAAUCCCCUCAUGUGACAGCAGCUCUUUCGAGUCGCACGUUGUUACUAUCAUCCACCCUACUAAAAUUCAUUUUCUAGUUAUCUAUCGCCCCCCAGGUCAACUUGGACACUUCUUGGAGGAGUUGGAUGUACUACUGUCUUCAUUCCCAGAGGAUGGUACUCCUUUAGUAGUACUUGGUGACUUCAACAUCCACCUUGAGAAACCACAGGCAGCUGACUUCAACACCCUGACUACGCCCUACUUCACCAACCCACAGGGUAAAGUAAACAUGCAUUGGUUCCUCACAUUACUUUGUUUCUCUGUUAUAUCAGGGACUUCAGGUGAUGGAUAUAAUCUGGAGUGUUUCAAUGAUUAUAUAUCUACCAUAAGCUGCUCUCUGAACGUCUCUGCCGACUCCGUGGACAACACAACGGCAUACUGGCUACGAUUCAGUUCCUUCAAUGAACACCAUGACUGCACAUUGACAAGGAGAGAAGAGUCACUGGUGUGCAACUUGGUUUUAGGUCCAGAUGAAAUCUUCACUGAUACGGACAGCUACAGCAUCUCCCUCCAUUCGAGUUACCAUGGCAACAGUAGCUCUGUUGCACUGAAUGACGACUACAUGCCUAAAAAACACGUACGCCCGGUUGAACCCCAUAACCUGUCAUUGCUCUGGAAUAAGACUGAGGCUGUUUUUCAGUGGCAAGUGGAAAAUUAUACAGAAAACUUUCUCAUAGACUACCUCCAGUACCAGCUCAACAUAUACAGCAAAGAUUUGGAGCUUUAUAACGUAGAAGUCUCAGAGCAGGUGGUGUCUGUGGAGACGUCUAGAUUUCAACCUCGCAGAAAUUAUACAGCGCGUGUGCGAUCACGUCCGAAUCAAGCCUACUAUUAUGGCGUUUGGAGUCAUUGGAGUUCUCCCGUUCACUGGAGCUCGGGCAACAUUCACGAAAGCUCUUCACAAGGCUCUUUCCACGCUAUCAUGUAUCUUCUGAUAGUGCCGAUAUCGUUGGCCCUUCUGUUCUGUUUCUCAUACUCCAGAUGUAAAAAACAGGAAUAUAUCCCAUCACCUGCACCAUAUCUGAGGGCCUGGAACGUAGAUGCUCAGAUCCAAACAUUGCUGUCACAGAAGGUGAGCGAUAUAAUGCAGGGGGAGGAAACUUUACAAAUUGACAUUCUGAUAGAGAACAAAGACACGCCCCCUCCACUCACCACUUUGGAUUAUGAGAUGAUGGAAACGACCGACGAGCAAAACUCAACAACCAAUUCUCCCAGCAUGCCACAUUCUCCCGAGGGGUCAGAGGUCGACUCGGGCUGCUGGAUUCGUGAUGUCAUGGCAACACAGAGAGGAAGCAUUACAUGCAGUGAAGAAUACUGUACGCUUUCUCAGUCUCUAAAUACUUAUGGUGUCUAACACACACUCAUGGAUACAGCUGAAAAUUUGAAAGCAAGGUGACGUUCAUAAGUAAUAAGGAUGUGGCAAAUGAGAAAUGAUCUUGUGAAGCGUUUUGCACAUUGGUAAACGAUAGUGAAACCCACAAAAAGUUACUUUAGUUGUCGUGAUUGAGAUUUAAUAAAUAAAAUGCAUAUCAUAAAACGGAAAAUUGACUAAAGCCAGGUAAAAAGGCACAAACUUUUCUAAAGAUUGUAAUUUUCUUGACCUUUUGUAGAGAUUUGCUUAAACAUUUACUGCUACUAUUGUUAUUUUUUAUAUUGCUAUUAUAUUUCUGUCUUUAAAGUCCGUAUAAAGUCUGAUAUGAAAUGUAUUCUUAUUUUGUCAAAAUCUUGAAAAACAGGCAGGAUUCUCUACUCUCAAACCACACCCACUCGCUUAAAGCUGCUGUCUAUCUUAAGCCCGGAUCACACCAAAAGAUAAUCAGGCUGAAUUUGGGGCCCUUACCACAAUCCUAAGUAAAGUCCCAAUCGUCUUCAUGGUUGAACCGAUUAACUUAUCAGAUUUUUAUGUGGUGUGUGGUGUGUUAAGAGCAUACACUCUUAGAAAGGAUAUGUUAUUUUUACACAUCUUUUUGUGUUAAGCUUUUAACACAUUAUGUGUAAUUUUAACACAUUAUGUGUCAUUUUGUUAUUUUUUUGUUACUCAUCCUUUUAAAUAAUAUUAAGUUCUGUAUAAUUAAGGGUGAGGCCACUUGAGUGACAGGUGGACGGCCACUGCUGCUACUACAAUCGAGCUAGGCGGGCGUUGUUUCAGCAACCAGUGACCUCAGCUUUACCUACGUCCCAUUUUCAAUUUUCUGCAAAUGAUUCGCUGUGACGCGAGACCAAGAUGGCGACGUCCAGCACCGCCUACUAUUGGUUUUAAAAAAGGUCUUUACAAACCAAUCUAUGGGUGACGUCACGGACACUAUGUCCAUAUAUGGGGUGAUUGGGUCAGAUUCUUUGUGGUAUUUUAUUCCUAAUCAUAUAUUUAAGAGGGCAGGUGGCUUUUCAUUUUUGAUGAAAUGUAAUUACGCCACUGGUAAAUAACCUAAUAAACUGGCUUGAUUCCAUCAACAAGCUUUGUUAGCCUGGAAACUGGUUUACAACCACAACUUUUCCCCCCACAAAACCAUUUUAUGGAAUAAUUUGGAUAUCAAAAUUAGAAUUUUUUUAUCAAUUGUUUAAGAAAAACAUAAUUUUGUUGCUGAUCUAUUAUCUUAUGAAUGCUUUAUGAAUAUCCAUUGAUGUCAUGUCCUGUUUAAAGAAUUUUCCUGAUGGAUUAAUAUGUUUAAUGAAAGCUUCCCUUGCCCAUGAGUCAUGAAAAACAACUUUCACAGUUAUGUCUGGGAGGUGUUUCGAUUUUAAGUAAAGAAUGUAAUAAUGCAUUUAUUCGUCACUUUCUCAAUCUCGCAACUCGCAACUUUGGGGGGUUCUAAAAUAGAUAACUUUAAGAAUGGAUGAAAACAUUUGUUAUUGCCAUAUAAAUACCGUAUACCAAAUAAAGUGAAAGAAGUGCACUAUAAAAUUUUGCAUAAUAUAUACUCGUGUAAUGCAUUUUUAUCUACAUUUUGUGAUGUAGCUGAUAUAUGUACUUUUUGUAAGAUUUGCAAUGUUUCAGCACUUUUCUGGAAAGAUUUGAGUUCCUAUUGUUUUUCAAAAAUUAUUGUGAAUUGUAAUUUAAACAUUAAGGAUGUGGUUAGUUUUUUUGAAAAUCAAAACAAAUUGUUAACUUUCUGAUCCUUGUGGCAAAGUUUUCUUUUCACAAACAAAGAUUUCUUAAGAAAAUACCUAUUUUAUAGAUUUUUAAUAAUAAAAAAUGCAUUUCUUUUUUGAAGAAAUAUGAUAAGAUCUUUCGUGUACCGUAAUUUUUUUCUUCUGUCACUGUUUUUAAUUUUAUUUUUG